AUGGCGGGCGCAGCAGUCGUGUGGUUGGCAGUAGCAGCGCUCGUGGCGCCCAUUGUGGGGCUGCCGCAGCUUCCUCAUGGGGAGCGGGCGCGGCGAGAGAUGCCUUUGCCGCCCGAGCUGAUUGCCAGCAACAGCAGCGCUGGUGUGCAGCUGUUGUUGAGCGCGCAGGCGCAGGGGUACGCCGAGCCCUUUUGGCAACUCAGCAUGACCUACACCACUCAACAGAACCAGGCAUACUGCUCGGUCGCAUCGAGUGCCAUGAGCCUCAAUGCCCUGGGCGUCCCGGCCCCCGUCGACGCCGUCUAUUCACCCUACAACUAUUUCACCCAGAGCGACGUCUUUACCCCUUGUGCCGUGAAUCAGAACAUUACAGAGGCUUACGUCGCCACCCACGGCCUGACCUUGGCGCAAGCCCAUGCCCUGCUCGCCUGUUUCCCGGCCGUUGAUGCCCAGCUCCACCAUGCGGGACAGGCCGGCGCUGACCUCGCCGCCUUUUCCCGUGAUCUCAAUGCCACCAGUCAGGGCACCCAUGCGCUCAUCAUCAUCAACUUUUUGCGCACGGGCAUGCACCAAGAAGGCGGUGGCCACUUUAGCCCCCUCGCCGCCUACGAUCCCGUCUCGGACCGCAUCCUCGUCCUUGACGUCGCCCGCUACAAGUAUCCAAGCUUCUGGGCCACUCGCCAGGACGUUUUCAAUGCCAUGAACACGAUUGACAGCUCGUCUCAGCAAACACGAGGCUGGAUCGUCUUGCGUCAAGCCAACAACUAG